CCCGUAUCAGCUUUGUGAUUUACUAGCUGAUGACACUUCGUGAGUUUGAUCAUUAUUCUGUGACGCUAAUGAUAGUAAUAUAAUAUAAGGUGCACGCUCAAGUCUCAGAGGGGUGCACGGUGUGAGGACAAAGCUACACGAAGUAACUAGCGAUCUUCUUUUGAAAGUAACCUUGUCUCUGUGCAACCGGUCGGGUGGUACAGAGGAAAUUGGAAACAGACUCAAGAUACUGAAACGCGUUUAGCCUGCUGGUUUGCGCGCUAGCCACAUUUAUUUGUACAUAAAACGAUUGGGUUGUUCUUUUCAAGGAUAACUGGAUCUAGUAACAGGUGACGCUGACACAACAGGGAUGUGCAAUGGCAUCCGGUGCGGGUGGCUGUCCGGCUCAGGCCUAUGAACCGACGGUAAGUAAAGCAAAAAACAUGCUAAAAAAAACUAAAACGGCCAAAUUAUGGUAUUGUUGUUGCUAAUGAUUAUAUUGUUUCCUUUGAAGAGAGCCGCCCGGCUGAACACUGGCUCAUUGUGAUACAUUGUAGCCAUUUCGAACUUUAUUGUAACAGUUUAAUACACUAAUUUGACUGGCAUCAUAUGACUGGCCAUGUGUUGCAAGAACACUGCUUAAUAUAUUUGUCAUAACAAGCACUGACGUUGCCACAACUGUCUCUUCCUAAAUUUAAAUGGAGACAGCAUUUGGGAUUAAAAUGCCAACCCCACUCAAAGGAGCACGAGCCCACCACACAUCCCCUUGCUAAUCCACCAAUAAGAACGCCUGGAGGUUGGCACACAAACAUUAUUUUAGGUAGCAGACAGCUGGCAAGGUGACGGGUGGACAAGUUAACCAACAAAACAAACAUGAAGAAUAGGAACUGCUGUGUCUGGCAUUGGGAUUUAGUAUUGGCAGCCACCCAGGGAUUAUGGGAGGGAUGCCUUAAUACUUUUCUGACAUCUGUCAAUAAUUGCAUGGCAUUUAGUUUUCUUUAUCACAUAAACUAUUUCCAACAGUAAAUAGGAUGCAUACAUAGCUGCAUGACAGAAGACAACCACCCUUUCACUUACUCUGCACAUCUAUGUUAAAUGUGGGUAUGUGAAAUAUGAUGUACAGAUUCCAAAUAAGUAAGAUGCACUUGUAGAAAAACAAGGAAGGAUUCUGAAGGAAGUAACCUUUCACACAUUUUUAGACCGAUCCGCCCAGAGUAUAACCUGAUUCGGUUGGCAUUGUGUUGAUGGUAAUCUGUUAGGCACCAGAAAGUACGGUUUUAUUUCAUUACAGUAUGUCAUACUGGAAAGGCCACUAAUAAUAAAAGCUUGAACUGAAUUCUUCCACAGAGAGACUAGGAAGAGGCAUACCAAGAGACAUUUCCUCCAGACAACUUUUAGUGAUCAAUUAAGCUAAUAAGAACUGAGAGGAUUCAGUUGGGGCCAUUCUCCCUAUCUUAGAGAGAAUGUAGUCUUCUGCAAAGAUAACAAUGUCCAAUAUUAUAGAUUUAUAGAUGAAUUAAUCACAGUAAAUUUGUGUUUACUAUGUUGUAUUUUGUUGCUAAUGUAACGGGUACCUUUCUUGUUGGUCCAAUUUGUGAAUCACAAAGUACUGAAAUUUGGUACAACAUGAAAGUAAUAAUUGUCUUACUCUGAUGCUUCUUCAUUGGUUCACUGUCUCCGUCGCAUCCUGGUUUGGCUCAAAGAAAGGGGAGCUUAAUUAUUUGGAAGUAGUAACCUGUUUUGAUUUUUACAGGGAGAAGGACUUGACUGCCAAAAACAUAAUUGAAAUAAAAGGGGACAAGACCACCAUUGCAAACUUGAAGGUAAUUGUACGUUUUAAACAGGCUUUCUACUGCAAUAAUAAUCAAUCUACCCAUAGCUAGGACUGUAUUUCUUUCAACUUGGCAGAUGUUUAGCAUAAAAUGUUAUUUAAUAUGACUAUUUAAUACUUUUUAAUACUAGUGCUAUUUCAUCAGUUAAUUUAGAUUAAUUUAAUACAUAAUUUAAUUAUUUGGUCAUAAUAUAUGAUCAGUGAACAUCCAUCAUCUUGAGAUUGCACUCAGCUUUGUGUUUACAGUAUAUUUAUUCCUAUUGUGUUGUAUUUCAUUAGAUACCAGAUGGCAUUACUGGGGAUUCCAUGAGGGAGAGGAAGAAGACCUUCACCUAUGACUUCUCCUAUGACUCCUCUGACAGUAAAAGCAACACCUUUGUUUCUCAGGAAAAGGUAAGUGUUUUUUCUCAAAUCUUUUUGUUGUUGUUGUCCAAAUCCGAUUAUAGUCAAAGCAGCUUACAUUUGCCUCUGUUCAGGGGUCAUUUUUAUGUUUUACUUGUAGGACAUUUUGUCAUGGAUGGAAGUUCAUUGAGUCAAAACAGUUUGCUAAUGUGCUGAUACUCUAGUCUCCACUCCCUGACGAAGGCCAUGUAGCCGAAACGCGUCAGAUUUUAUUUAUUUUUUAAAUCUUGUUUCUAUUGAACAUGCCAUACUAAUAAAGGCAUUUUAAUUAAUUAUAUGAAGAGUGCCUUGGUCCUCCUUUCAUUUUGAUGACCAAUUCACCCCUUUGACCAAAGAGCACCUUCUGUCUACCAACAUUUGCUAUUGUGUACCUUAGUAGCGCUUCCCUUCCUCCUCUUUCUACUCUAGUCUACAUGUUGACUCACAAGCUUCUGACGUAAGUUAUGACUUACUGUUGUGCAACCUUUUUUAAAAUUCAUAAUAUUGCAUCAUACAGGGGUCAAAGUAGAUUUCAUUUCUUACUGGUACGGUACCUUCUCACUUGCACACAUGUUUGGGAGGCCUAAACAGAAUUACUUAUAGAAUCCCUGUUAAGAUCUCUGUGGGCCUAAAAGAUGUGUUGUUUAAUUAGAAUGUAUUACCUUUUAAUGUGGCAUUCACAUAACCAGUCAUGAUGUUUUCAUCUGACUAUCAAACAAUCAGAUGAAAACGCUCCUGUAAGCCUGCUUCGUCCACUCUAAAAGAAUUCCUGCAUCCAUACAGUGCGCUGUGCACCCGCCAUUUUGAUGAAUGGAAAGAGACAUCUGUAACAAAACACCAAGAAGUGUAAUGAAUGACAUUCGGGGAUUGUCAUUUUAUUAGUCUUACACUUGUAAUCUGUAACUGACUGUCCACGUGCGUCUUGUUCACAGCCACUCAUCUCUGUCUUUGCAAAAUGUGUUAUCGCCGAACCACAUCGCAUUUUGGAGUGUAUUCCACACGUUUUCAAGUCCAUUUGCUCAUUUUUCAUGUGGGUGAAAUGUGGUAAUGAUCAAUAAUAGUGUAAUGGCCUACAGUUUUCUUGGAAUCUUUGUUUUAAUUAUUGUUAUAGGCUCAUGUUCAACCGGGACGGCGUACCCCCACUAUCUAUUUUGCCGGUUCUCUGUCCUGGACCAUACCGGCUUACUUUCACCCCUGGUAUCAUGUCAGUGUAAUAUUAAUAGUAACACAUAGCCUAUGAGUUAACUGUUAUAAAUGUGUUAAAAUUAUGCAUGCAUAAAUUCCAUAUUUUUGACUUUGUAUUGUGUUGGCUAGUUUCUUUCUUUCACUGACUGCUUACUGUAAGAUCUGUCUUAGCUAGUUAGAUCUGGGGCCUGUUCAGGCGGUCACACCUUUACAGAACAUUCAGAUCUAAAUGUACUGUGUGGAACAAAUGAGUCCCUGUCAUUGUGAAUCAUAUCAGCUACAUUACAUUCCAAUUUGCCAAAGCUCUGAACAUUUCACCUUAUUGAACAAGCCCAUGUUUGCCCUCUUCCUUUGCAGGUGUUCAAAGACCUGGGCUCAGAUGUCCUCAAGGCUGCGUUCCAAGGCUACAACGCCUGCAUCUUCGCCUACGGCCAGACUGGCUCUGGGAAGUCCUACACCAUGAUGGGAAAUCCAGUGAGACAAACAUUCCCUUUGUAGGAGUGCUGAUCUAGGAUCAGGUCCCCCUUGUCUAUAUAAUCGUAUUAAAUAUCUAAAAAGCAAAACUUAUCCUAGAUCAGCACUCCUACUCUGAGACGCUUUAUGAAUACAGGCCCUGGAUUCCCAAAUCAAAGACUGGGCUGUGUUCAGCAGGGCACAACGUUGUGGAAUGUUCAGAUAUAAAUAUAUAAUGUAGAACAAUCAUGCCUCUCUGACAUGGAGAUAAGUAAUCAGGUCUACUCCGUUCAUGACGUUUCUGGAAGUUUCCACAACAUAUGCCUACUCAACUGGGCUGUUGUUUUUGUUAUCAGACUAUUGGGACUUCAAUCAGUCGUGGAGACCCUAAGCAAAUAUCACAGUAACGAACGAGGGCUCCGACAGUCCUGUUUUGCUUUCACAAGUCUGAGUGAUUAGGGGAAAGUACAAGUCAAAGUUCAUAGUGUCAGUUUUCUCUGUGGACUCUUAUGUAUUGGACUGUUUUGGAGAAAGACUAAAGCCAAACCUGACAUAUUUAGAGUCUUCCCUGUAAUGGAUUAUUUUAAGAUCUGUUCUGUAACAUAUCAACAGGUUUCCUCAGUCCUCCACUGAACAGUUUCAAUUGUCAGCCUUAUCGUCAACUUAUCGUCUGCGUUUGAUUAAGGGUUUGCUCUAUGGAUUUAUUUUUCAUCAGGGAGAUGUUGGUCUCAUUCCACGGAUAUGUGAGGGUCUGUUCAGCCGGAUUGCUGGGAUGACUCGUUGGGAUGAGGCCUCCUUCCGCACCGAGGUCAGGUAAGAAAACUGUGUCCGUUGCAAUUCUAAGUCCAUUGUCAUUCCUUGAAUUGUUUUUACCUCUUUGGAAAAAUUAAGAAGCUUAAGAAGAUAUUUUUGUAUUUGUUUCAUUAGUCCACUGUUGAUACAAUCCCAAAAUGUUGUGCAUGUCAGCAAUCAAGUUUUCAAGAUAUAGAACUUUCAAAACACAAAUUGUCACAGUCGGUGUGAUGCGGUUUGCAUCAUAUGAUGCAAAACUCGUUAUACAGGCUGCAUUUCUGCCUGCUUGAACGGCAAUAGCUCAGAUACACAUGAAAACAUUAAAUGACCCCGAGAAUUGAUAAAACAUCACUCAGAGAUGCAAAAAAAAACAAUAUAACAUUCAAAAUGGGUGAAUCUUUCCUUUUUAAUGGUGGCUCAAUGAACACUUUUUAAAAUGUAGUAAAAGUGAUUGCACAUGAUCAGUAGACGUUCUAGCAAUUCGUACCUCAUCCAUCAGGUUGUUCGACAUCACCUGAGACGACAAAAGGGUCCCUUAAUAAUAAUUGGUAGAUGUCAUCAGGCUAAACUUGACCUCUGAAUGACCUCUUUAUCCUCUCAAUGUCAUCAGCUACCUGGAGAUCUACAAUGAACGUGUCAGGGACCUGCUCAGGAGGAAGUCCACCCAAACCUACAACCUGAGGGUGAGGGAGCACCCAAAAGAUGGACCCUACGUGGAAGGUAAGACAUUACACUUUUUAUAUCAUAAUCAAUACGAUUAUACAGACAUAAGGGACAUGAUUUGGUCUUGCAUACUGUAUUUUCUCUUCAUUCUGAGACUGAUCCCAGUCCUGUCUGUAAGGCAGAAUGAUGGCUCCUAAACUCAUUAUAACAGUGGAUGUUUGUCUGUAGAUGAACUCCCUGUGUUAAUCCAAUCUGAACCCAGACCUGUCUCAGCCAGAAUGAUGGCUCCCAAGCUCAUUAUAACAGUGGAUGUCUGUCUCUCUGUAUUAUUACCUCUUUUGUUAAUCCAAUCUGACCCCAGACCUGUCCAAGCACCUUGUGCAGAACUACCACGACGUGGAGGAGCUGAUGGAGGCUGGCAACAUCAACCGCACCACGGCCGCCACGGGCAUGAACGACACCAGCAGCCGAUCGCACGCCAUCUUCACCAUCAACUUCACCCAGGUGGGGCUAGCUAAUGCUAUAGCCAAUACUACAGCUACCGCUAGGCUAGCUACCGCUACUCCAGGAAUGCACAACUCCAGUCCACAAGGGCUGCAGUGUAGUAGUCCUUGUUUGUUAGUUAGGGAUUUAGUUACCAAGUGAGUGGACUCCUAGCCAAUCAAUUACCUUGAUUGAGAGAAAUAAAAAGUAGCAGGACUGUGGCUUUGGAGGACCGGAUGCUGCAUUAUAUGCUGCAUGUUAACCCUUAAAGGGGUUGCCACUAAUAGCAUCUGUAUUAGGAAAAAUUGAUACAUUCACACUGUAGAAUGCACCCACAGUUUAAGUGCAAAGUUUCGACUCAAAGGUCUUCGUCAGACUUAACAAUAUUAGCCUUUCAGCUUCUUUGAAAUCCUUCAGAGUUUUUCCAUGUUGUCUCCCUCCUCUCCAGGCUAAGUUUGACGCGGAGAUGCCCUGCGAGACGAUCAGUAAAAUCCACCUGGUGGACUUGGCGGGCAGCGAGAGGGCGGACACCACCGGUGCCACGGGAGUCCGGCUCAAGGAGGGCGGCAACAUCAACAAGUCACUGGUCACCCUGGGCAACGUCAUCUCCGCUCUAGGUGGGUAACUGUUAUACCAACUGUUAUAUCAAUGUUAUCAGAGACAGCAGAUAUGAGGACAUAUUCAUUAAAGUCACAUAAUAAAAAAUGUUGUAUGGAAUAAAACCCCUUAUCUGGCAAUGUCUUUUAGCUUGAAUAUGCAGGCCAUAAUAAUAUGUUUUCCCAUUACAAUAUUUGAACCACAGCAAUGUUCCAAUGACUUACUUCUACUGAGUAUGCAGAGUUUUGAGUUUCUCUGUUGAUUUGCCUAUUGAUCUGGAUUCAAAUACUACUUUAAAUCUUUCAAAUGCUUUGAGUGUUUGCUCUAGCCUGUCUGAAGUGCCUGACGGGGUGUGCAACCUAUUAAGCCAGCAAGCUCAAUCAAGCACAGAAAGUAUUAGAUGUUCUUUUUCUUAUUGUUUGGUUGAUCUGAAAUCGUUUCCCUGUCUUGGUACAGCGGACCUGAGCCCGGAUGGAGUGAACGCCAACCUGAAGAAGAAGCAGGUGUUUGUGCCUUACAGAGACUCUGUGCUAACGUGGCUCCUCAAAGACAGCCUGGGAGGCAACUCCAAGACCAUCAUGAUCGCUAGUGAGUCCUUAAUAAUGCGAAAUGUCUUGCAUUUAAUCAAAUGUUUCCAAUCCUUCCCUUUAAAAGCCCCAAAUACACCUGACUAGGAACCCUGGUUUUUACCUGUCUGCUUCAGUGUAUAAGGGGAACCCUGGAUUCUCAUUAAUAUACAGUGGGGAGAACAAGUAUUUGAUACACUGCCGAUUUUGCAGGUUUUCCUACUUACAAAGCAUGUAGAGGUCUGUAAUUUGUAUCAUAGGUACACUUCAACUGUGAGAGACGGAAUCUAAAAAAUCCAGAAAAUCACAUUGUAUGACUUUUAAGUAAUUCAUUUGCAUUUUAUUGCAUGACAUAAGUAUUUGAUCACCUACCAACCAGUAAGAAUUCCGUCUCUCACAGACCUGUUAGUUUUUCUUUAAGAAGCCCUCCUGUUCUCCACUCAUUACCUGUAUUAACCUGUUUGAACACGUUACCUGUAUAAAAGACCUGUCCACACACUCAAUCAAACAGACUCCAGCCUCUCCACAAUGGCCAAGACCAGAGAGCUGUGUAAGGACAUCAGGGAUAAAAUUGUAGACCUGCACAAGGGUGGGAUGGGCUACAGGACAAUAGGCAAGCAGCUUGGUGAGAAGGCAACAACUGUUGGUGCAAUUAUUAGAAAAUGGAAGAAGUUCAAGAUGCCGGUCAAUCACCCUCCGUCUGGGGCUCCAUGCAAGAUCUCACCUCGUGGGGCACCAAUGAUCAUGAGGAAGGUGAGGGAUCAGCACAGAACUACACAGCAGGACCUGGUCAAUGACCUGAAGAGAGCUGGGACCACAGUCUCAAAGAAAACCAUUAGUAACACACUACGCCGUCAUGGAUUAAAAUCCUGCAGCGCACGCAAGGUCCCCCUGCUCAAGCCAGCGCAUGUCCAGGCCCGUCUGAAGUUUGCCAAUGACCAUCUGGAUGAUCCAGAGGAGGAAUGGGAGAAGGUCAUGUGGUCUGAUGAGACAAAAAUAGAGCUUUUUGGUCUAAACUCCACUCGCCGUGUUUGGAGGAAGAAGAAGAAUUAGUACAACCCCAAGAACACCAUCCCAACCGUGAAGCAUGGAGGUGGAAACAUCAUUCUUUGGGGAUGCUUUUCUGCAAAGGGGACAGGAUGACUGCACCAUAUUGAGUGGAGGAUGGAUGGGGCCAUGUAUUGCGAGAUCUUGGCCAACAACCUCCUUCCCUCAGUAGGAGCAUUGAAGAUGGGUCGUGGCUGGUUCUUCCAGCAUGACAACGACCCGAAACACACAGCCAGGGCAACUAAGGAGUGGCUCCGUAAGAAGCAUCUCAAGGUCCUGGAGUGGCCUAGCCAGUCUCCAGACCUGAACCCAAUAGAAAAUCUUUGGAGGGAGCUGAAAGUCCGUAUUGCCCAGCGACAGCCCCGAAACCUGAAGGAUCUGGAGAAGGUCUGUAUGGAGGAGUGGGACAAAAUCCCUGCUGCAGUGUGUGCAAACCUGGUCAGGUCCUACAGGAAAUGUGUGAUCUCUGUAAUUGCAAACAAAGGUUUCUGUACCAAAUAUUAAGUUCUGCUUUUCUGAUGUAUCAAAUACUUAUGUCAUGCGAUAAAAUGCAAAUGAAUUACUUAAAAAUCAUACAAUGUGAUUUUCUGGAUUUUUGUUUUAGAUUCCAUCUCUCACAGUUCAUGUGUACCUAUGAUAAAAAUUACAGACCUCUACAUGCUUUGUAAGUAGGAAAACAUGCAAAAUCGGCAGUGUAUCAAAUACUUGUUCUCCCCACUGUAUCUAUAGAUCAGAUCCUGAGCCCAGCCACGCUUCUUACUGGGAUAAAACAACGGAGUGGCUGCGGCUCCAACUUUUCUGGACCCGUCUUCCCGACAGAUAAAGGUCCCGCCGCUUCUGCGCAUGUGCGGGAUUUUGUACUUUACGCCUAGUCUCAGCUCUACUCAUAGAGAACAGGUUAUUUAUUAAAUGAAUGGUGCUCGUUUAAUAAAGUUGGAUUAAAGCUUAAUCAAUGUCUGCAAGAUAUAUCAUCUAAUUGCAUAGUAUAACGUUACUAUAAGACAAAAAAACACUUUCUUAUGAGAUUUUAGGAUGAUUGUGCGAAAGGUCAAAUGUUUCUCUCAUGUGGCCAAAACUCAACAGCACGUGCCACUAGGCAAAAUAUGUGCUUUGAUUUGAACUAAACACAGGUAGACUAUGCUAUAGUUUAACGCCAUCUGCUCUAAAAUUUGCUCAUUGUACAUAUUUCAAAAUAACAGAAUGAUGCUGAGACUCCGAUUUUUCAUUUAAAAAUGUAUGUCAAACCAAAACCAAUGAUUGCAAAGUUAAACAAACCAUACAACUCUAUGCAGAAGGACUACUUUGAACAAUUUCCACAUAAAAUUGAACAAAAACACAUUUACUUGAACAGUGCAGAUGCAAAGUUUGGUAACGGAAUGACAGUCUGUCUCAGCAUCAUUCUGUUACUGUGGAAUUGCCAUAUCCCCAUGAAACUGAUUGAGAUCAAAUGGUUGAAGAAUGAACCAUUUUGAAGAAUUAACAUUUACGCUAGACUGUGAGAAAUUUCAAGGGAGGGUGACUACAUAAAAUGUGUGUGUAAAGAAAAGAAACGGGCUGUCAAACGAUAGAAAAAUGUAUUAGAGUUAUUAAUCGCAAAUUCCAAAUUUGAGAUGUAAUUUUGAGAUUUUUCAUACAAAAAAACAUUACAAGAAUAUAGAAGUCUUGAUUUUGUCUAAAGUUACACUAAGCAAAAUUAGGUAGACAGAGAAAGCACACUUUUUAUUUAACCUCACUAACCACGUUUCCAUCCACAGUUUUUAUGCGUGUAAAGUCAUACCAUAGAAGGAAAAAUAAUCGACAUCUGAUGGAAAUAGGAUGUUUCGGUACAAUUUUAUAAAUGCAGACAGAAUUGUUCGUUCGACAUGGUGGGAUCUUUUUGUGUCUAAAAUGUAUUAUGCGAGAAAUGGCGGCGGAAAUGCCUUUUAUUGUCAAAUAUUGAUCUACAGUAAUUACUAUCAUAUCGAAGUAAACUUGGAGUCACGCGAUGACAUGGUGUGUGGUCCUCCCACUACAACUCAGGAAACCAUGCAGUUUAUUAGGCUAUAGAUGAAAUAAGUUAUGAUGAACUUCACAGGGUGGUGAAAGUGCACGGUAUGAGCUUGAUGCUCCUUUCCAAUAAAUGUGGAGGGUCUGAUUCUGGUGACAUGACACUCGACUGCUGCUUGACAAAUAAAAAAUAUUCUCGCUCUUAUCCAUAAUAAUCACAUCCUGUUGUUGGCUAGAAGGCACGUGCCAAGACCAGAGUAGGCACAUUUGCUAUUUAACUCCACAGUUUUUGUGACAACUAUCCGUAGAGUUGAAAAUGCGAUGGGAACGCAUUGAACUUUAGAUUUUUCUUUGGUACAUGACAACUUAAGCGAAAAAGUGAAUUUUGUGUGCAUAACACACUGAUUUUGAUCUGCAACAGGUCCGUUUGGUGGAAACACACCACUGCCAGGAAAAUGCGCACAUUUUCUUUGAGUAUUUUAGAAUAUUCACUUAAAUCUGUCCCAAAUUGGAUGGAAACUGUUUUUACAUGGCAUUGUAGAUUUUAGCUGUAUAGAUUAGGUAUUUAGGAUGUUUUCAGUGUAUUUUCAACGCACUAAAAUUACAGUGCACUAAAAUCACAAAGUUAAUUUUAGCUCUGAUAGCCCUAAUAUGCGCAGGAUGUGAUUUGGAUCUUUAGCUCAGGGGAAAAGGAAUCCAGGGGGGUGGGACGGGGCGGUUACCUACAGAUCCAUAUUCUGCCAUUAAACAAUAGGGACGCCAAUAGGGACAUUCCUGGGUUCCUAGUCCAGUGUAUUUGGUGCUAGAAUUUGAGAACAUGGCUUUCUAAACCCUUGUUAAGGCUGACUUUAUGUAUAAGAGGCUUAAGUGUGGCCAAUGGCCAUAAGCUAAAUAUCUGUGGUAUGUUUGCAGUCAAAGAUACAGCAUUAGAACAUGGCAAAUGCAAAAGUGUUUUGUAGUACGACAAAUGUUUCAAAGAUGUUUUGUUCUCGUUUGCGGCAGCCAUUUCACCUGCUGACGUCAACUACGGCGAGACUCUGAGCACGCUGCGCUAUGCCAACCGCGCUAAGAACAUCAUCAACAAGCCCACGAUCAAUGAGGACUGCAACGUCAAGCUCAUCCGAGAGCUCAGGGCCGAAAUCGCCCGGCUGAAGGCCCUUCUGGUCCAGGGAAACCAGGUGUGGAUUUGUCACACUGAUCUGAAUUGUUUUGUGUGUGUUGAUGGUUUAGGGCAUUGGAACUCAACUAUCCUGUCCACUAAAACAUUUUCUCGGGCCCUUGAAGUUUAUUUAUUUCAUUUAAAAAAACCGCUCUACAAUACACAAGUUUGUAAAAAACUGUGAAAGUGUUAAUGAUAUUGUUAAUUUAUGGGCACAUUUUAUAAUGCAUAGCUAGUACAUUAUGUUUUAUUGAGAUUUAACAGUCCAUUCAUGUCCACCUUUCCAGCUACUGGCCUAUGACCUUGUUGUUGUGUUUUAAAUGUCCCAUCUAAUCUAACUAGGUCUCACUGACUUAGGGAGUAUUGAUGUGUGAUUCAAUAAUGUAUUGAUUGUUGGUUUGUUUUCAUCCUUCUCAGAUUGCACUUCUGGAUUCACCCACCGCUCUGAGCAUGGAGGAGAAACUACACCAGAACGAAGCCCGAGUAAGGCCAUGUGGAUGGUUCCUUUUUAGAGUAAAAAUAAACACAAUUACACAAAAGAAGCUAUCGAUACUUUGCAAGUUUAGUGUUCUAUUCUUUGAAUCCAUAAACAAGCCAAGCAUUAAAGCAAGGUAGUGAUGUGACCUCACAACAUGCACCCCCUUUUUUUUUUCUCCAAAAGAUCUUUGAUAUUCAAGAAAAAUAUUUGUGCUAUUUCUGCCAUAGGUGUUGGAGCUAACCAAGGAGUGGACUAACAAGUGGAAUGAAACUCAGAACAUUCUCAAGGUGAGUGGGCAUAUAUUUCUAUAAAAUGUCGAAUUCACUUUAGCUCACACAAGCACUCUGGUUAUGUGCCUUUUUAGAUUAUAGUCAGCUGUGAAAUUUAAUUGACUUUUAAGUCAGAAACAUCAAUCAAUUUCUAAUUAUUGACAAUAUCUGUCUUCCAUUGAUCUUUACAGGAAGAAACCCUUGCCCUGAGGAAAGAGGGAAUUGGCGUCGUCCUCGAUUCAGAGUUGCCUCAUCUAAUUGGUAUCGACGACGACCUCCUAAGUACUGGCAUCAUCCUCUACCAUCUAAAGGUCAGUCACAGUUGAUUUUAUUAUUUUUUGUAGUUUUUACAACAACAAAAAAUCUCAGAAUGCUUCACAUACAGUGCAUUCAGAAAGUAUUCAGACCCCUGGACUUUUUCCAUGUUUUGUUACGUUACAGCCGUAUUCUAAAAUGGAUAAAAAUUAAUAAUAAUUCCUCAUCAAUCUACACACAAUACCUCAUAAUGACAAAGCAAAAACUGGUAAAAAAAUAAAAAUAUAUAUAUAUAUGAUGAUGAUAAUAAUAAUAAUAAAUAACUGAUAUAACAUUAACCUAAGUAUUCAGUACUUUGUUGAAUAACUUUUGGCAGCAAUUACAGCCUCGAGUCUUCUUGGGUAUGACGCUACAAGCUUUGCACACCUGUAUUUGGGGAGUUUCUCCCAUUCUUCUCUGCAGAUCCUCUCAAGCUCUGUCAGGUUGGAUGGGGAGCAUCGCUGCACAGCUAUUUUCAGGUCUCUCCAGAGAUGUUAGAUUGGGUUCAAGUCCGUGCUCUGGCUGGGCCACUCAAGGACAUUCAAAGACUUGUCCCGAAGCCACUCCUGCGUUGUCUUGGCAGUGUGCUUAGGGUCGUUGUCCUGUUGGAAGGUGAACCUUCACCCCAGUCUGAUGUCCUGAGCGCUCUGGAGCAGGUUUACAUCAAGGAUCUCUCUGUACUUUGCUCCAUUAAUCUUUCCCUCGAUCCUGACUAGUCUCCCAGUCCCUGCCGCUGAAAAAGAUCCCCACAGCAUGAUGCUGCCACCACCAUGCUUCCCCGUAGGGAUGGUGCCAGGUUUCCUCCAGAUGUGGAGCUUGGCAUUCAGGCCAAAGAGUUCAAUCUUGGUUUCAUCAGACCAGACAAUCUUGUUUCUCAUAGUCAGUCUUUAGGUGCCUUUUGGCAAACUCCAAGCUGGCUGUCAUGUGCCUUUUACUGAGGAGUGGCUUCCAUCUGGCCGCUCUACCAUAAAGGCUUGAUUUGGUGGAGUGCUGCAAAGAUGGUUGUCGUUCUGGAAGGUUCUCCCAUCUCCACAGAGGAACUCUGGAGCUCUGUCAGAGUGACCAUUGGGUUCUUGGUCACCUCCCUGACCUUCUCCCCCAAUUGCUCAGUUUGGCUGGGCGGCCAGCUCUAGGAAGAGUCUUGGUUGUUCCAAACUUCUUCCAUUUAAGAAUGAUGGAGGCCACUGUGUUCUUAGGGACCUUCAAUGCUGCAGACAUUUUUGGGUACCCUUCCCCAGAUCUGUCCCUCGACACAAUCCUGUCUCGGAGCGCUACGGACAAUUCCGUCGACCUCAUGGCUUGGUUUUUGCUCUGACAUGCACUGUUGUUACUGUGGGACCUUUAUAUAGACAGGUGUGUGCCUUUUCAAAUCAUGUCCAAUCAAUUGAAUUUACCACAGGUGGACUCCAAUCAAGUUGUAGAAACAUCUCAAGGAUGAUCAAUGGAAACCGGAUGUACCUGAGCUCAAUUUAGAGUCUCAUAGCAAAGGGUCUGAAUACUUAUGUAAAUAAGGUAUUUCUGUUUUUUUUUUAAACAAUUUCUGAAAACCUGUUUUCGCUUUGUCAUUAUGUGGUAUUGUGUGUAGAUUGAUAAAGAUAAAACAUUUUUUAGAACAAGGCUGCAAUGUAACAAUGUGGAAAAAGGGAAGGGGUCUGAAUACUUUCCGAAUGCACUGUAAGUUCAUUUGACUCCCUAUUAAACUUAAAUAGAAGUUACAUGGACUUUACAUAUCGAUUUCAUUUUUGUUCCAGGAGGGCAGGACGUAUGUUGGUCGAGACGAUGCGUCGACUGUUCAGGACAUUGGUGAGUGGCCUCUGUUACAUACUCUAUCCGCUGUCAGACUUUACUAUAAAUCAGGAUAAAGAAACUAUUGAUAAUGCAAAUGCACACACACAGUGUGUUUCCCUCUCAUUCUCCCUCUCUCCUCUCUGUAGUUCUCCAUGGGCUGGACCUUGAGAGUGAACAUUGCAUGUUUGCGAACCAGACCGGCACUGUCACCCUGGUUCCACUCAAUGGGGCCCAGUGCUCCGUGAAUGGAGUGCAAGUGACAGAAGCCUCCCCACUAAACCAAGGUAUAUGCUUCUGAUCGCACUUUAUUUGGAUAGUCAUAGGCUACUAUCAACAACCUGUUGAUAAGCAACUGCUUGCUAAGGUUAGGUUUAGAAUAAGGGUUAGGGUUAGUAAAUAGUUAGUUGAAAUGUUACUGAUAGUUUGUGUACAAAACAUUAGGAACACCUUCCUAAUAUUGAGUUGCACCCCCUUUUGCUCUCAGAACAGCCUCAAUUCGUCGGGGUAUGGACUCUACAAGGUGUCGAAAGCAUUCCACAGGGAUGCUGGCCCAUGUUGACUCCAAUGCGUCCCACAGUUGUGUCAAGUUGGUUGGAUGUUCUUUGGGUGGUGGACCAUUGUUGAUACACACGGGAAACUGUUGAGCAUUAAAAACCCAGCAGUGUUGCAGUUCUUGACACACUCAAACCGGUGCGCCUGACACCUACUACCAUACCCUGUUCAAAGGCACUUAAAUAUUUUGUCUUGCCCAUUCACCCUCUGAAUGGCACACAUACACAAUCCAUGUCUCAAUUGUCUCAAGGCUUAAACAUCCUUCUAUAACCUGUCUCCUACCCUUCAUCUACACUGAUUGCAGUGGAUUUAACAGGUGACAUCAAUAAGGGAUCAUAGCUUUCACCUGGUCAGUCUAUAUAUCAUGGAAAGAACAGGUUUUCCUAAUGUUUUAUACAGUCUGUGUAUAGUCCGUAGAGCAUCUACAGAUGGACUAUCCAACUAGCGUUAGCACGCUUUUAGCCAGCCAACGCAAUGAUUGUUCUGUGAAUGCACAAUCCCACAUUUACUGAUCUGUAGUCAUUUUAGCAGUAGUAAAACCCACCCAUGUGCAUUUCCCUCCCUAUGUAGUUUUAUUCCUUAUUAUCUUAUUCAAUGUUUCUAGUUCUAUUGUGUUUGAUAGGUGCUGUCAUCCUGCUGGGGAGAACCAACAUGUUCCGUUUCAACCACCCUAAAGAGGCAGCUAAACUAAGGGAGAAGAGGAAGGUAAUACCAAAGGCUCUGUCUCUCAAAGGCGUUUUAAAGAAGCUUAUUAGUUGCGGUAUCAGUCAUAAGUUAUUAGAUAUUAGAUUAUUAUUAUUAUUAGAUAUGUGGAUGACACAUGCUCCCUAAGGGUUUAAGUCAAGUAAGUCAUGACUCUUAUAGCUUAUUACUCAUGUAGACAAGCAUUUCGUUGCACCUGCGAUAACAUCUGCAGAUCUGUGUACGCGACCAAUAAACGUUGAUUUGACAUAACCAUCUAGUGGAAGGGCACGUUUACUGUAAGCCUGGUAGGAUGUAGGCGACUCACCAAUGAGUCAUCAUGAGGUCAAUGGUCAUGUUGACCUUUUGUUGUGUGUUGGUCAUUUUUCCCAGAGUGGACUGCUCUCCUCCUUCAGUCUGUCCAUGACCGAUCUCAACAAAUCAUGUGAGAACCUCUCCACAGUAAUGCUCUACAACCCAGGGUGAGUGUAUGUGGGUGUAUGUAUCACCUAAUCCCAAAUCAGCCCCUAGCCCCUACUGUCUAUGUACUUGUGGAGAUCUGAGAGGAAUGGAUGGGUGUAAGCAAUAUGGCGAAAACUCCACCUAGUCUAACAGAGGGCAAGGUGAAGCUGUUCCCAUAUUUCUUAUACUAAUCUAUUCCUCUCAGAUCUCCAGAAGUGCAUGGGGAGUAGGCAGUAGGGGCUGGUUUGGGAUUAGUCAGAUGUAUGCUCCAGCGCAUGAACGAUUCACCCCAACUCCCUCUGCGCAGUUCCCCCUGCCUUCUCAGCAGUUCAGAAGCACUCCUUUUCCUCCAUUCGCUUAGGUCCGUUACUGCUCACUCACGUGACCACUGACUGAAGCAGUGGAUUGGUUGUAAAAAAAAAAGAAAAACACUUUUUUUCUUUGCUGAAUAACAAUGUUACAGUGCCCAGUCAAAGACAUCAGUGUACUGGCAGUUUAUGAUGGUCUAGGCAGUUGGCACAGGUGUAGCUCAAAAUGGAAAUGGGGGGGGGGGGGAAUGUACUUUGGAUUGGAGGAGGUCUGUGACAUUGCAACUGCUGUGACUCAAGCUGAAAUCAUGUGAGCUGGUAACGCUGCUCGUCACAAAUGCCACAUCACUCAAACUGUAUGGCCUUCAUUGAUUCUAUUACUAACUCUCCAAAAAUCUGUUGAGCCAGAGAUUAAUUCUGCUUGUACAGAACCGCUAGAGAAUGCAUUUGUUUUGUUGUUGUACAGCACCCCUUGUGGAGGAAGUACAUAGUCUUCCAUUUCAGUUUUGUACAAUACAACAAGUAAUGCAAUAGCUCUUACUCCGAUUUAGACCUAAACUGGAUUUUUUUUAAACCUAGAACGACCUACUAGGUAGGUAUGCAUACAUGGACAACACAAAAAACUAUAUUAGUAGGUCUAGAGUAACCAUGGAUAUUCUGAGGAAUACACAGCCAGUAUUUAGUGAACGUUGGUAACGGUUAUUGCUGUGUUGUUUUAACUCAUUUGUGUGACUAUUGCUCUUCAUUGAGUCUAAUUUUAAAAGUACAGUAACUAAUGUAUCUCUGAACCCUCCCUUGGCAGUCUCUUCACUGAAAAGGGGCCCAUCUAUCUCAGGUAGACCCAACCAGUGUUCAAUGUUCACUGCUUUGUUUUAACAAUGCUAGUGAAACAUGACACAUCUUUUUCACUUUGUCCAGCCACCACCACCGUUGUUUGAACAUAAGCCAUCAUCGUCUCGUCUUGUUUUUAUAAUGAUUUUGAACAUCGCCCCGCUUGCUUCAAUCACUGUUUUGGCGCAUAAUGAUGACAUCAAGCUUUGACAUCCAUUGCCUUGUAUGAAGCUCUUCAGUCAUUCCAUGUGCCAAUUGCAGCCUUCAUUUCUGUGAUCAUGCCGUCUCGUUGAGUAAUACUGUUAUGUGCUGUGUGUGUGAGUCCAGUCUCACUGUCAUUGUUAUUAAGCCAGCUAAAUGCUAUUGGUGUACUUGCCUAGGUUGGAAUUUGAGAGGCAGCAACGGGAAGAGCUGGAGAAGCUGGAACACAAAAGGUGCGAGGGGAGACACACACACAAACAUGCUCACAUUUUGACUAUAUAAAAAAAGUCCAACAAUGUUUACUCACUAGUCACCUGUAAUGCACCACAUUGUAGGAACGGUGUGCUUUAAAAGCAAAUAUGCUGACAUCACAUGAUUUAUUCAAAUCAAAUCUUAUUUUAUUGGCCACAUGCGCUGAAUACAACAGGUGCAGACAUUACAGUGAAAUGCUUACUUACAGCCCUUAACCAACAGUGCAUUUAUUUUUAAUAAAAAACUAAAAUAAAACAACAACAAAAAAGUGUUGGAGACUCUUGUUAUUGUUAAAAGCAAUUGUACAAAAAAUGUAUUGUUUGCUAUGUAUGUUUUUGGCGAAUUGCAUAGUGUUUCAUGAUUUGUCUGUAUUUGGUUGGGGUGCAGGAGGCUGAUUAAGGAGAUGGAAGAGAGGCAGAAGUGCGAGAAGGCGGAGCUGGAGCUCCUGCAACAGGAAGUAGAGUCCCAGCGCAAGGAGUCGGAGCAGGUGCAGCAGCGCAUCCGCCACCAGGAGGAGACCCUCCGAUGCCGCAGCCAGGACAUCGAGAGUCGCCUGCGCGACCUCCUGGCUGAGAAGCAGCGCUUUGAGGAGGAGCGCCACCGCGAGACCCAGGAGCCGGAGCUACAGCGGCGCCAGAAGCAGCAGCAGCAGGAGGAGCGCGAGGAUGAGAAGACACAGGACGAGGAGGCGCGCCGCCAUAGUGAGGCGGCAGAGCGUGCCGAGCAGGCGGAGGUCUUCCGCGAGCUGGAGCGGCUGAAGCGGGAGCACGUGGAGCAGGGGGUACGGCUGGAGGCGGAGAGGCGGAGGCUGGAGGAGCGCGAGAUGGAGCAGCUAGGCCUGGUGGGGCGCCUGGAAGAGCAGCUGAGGGAGCGUCACGAGGCGGCGGCCGCCCUGCUGACCCGCGAGGACACCCGGCGCCUGGACGAGGAGCGCCGUGCCCUGGCAGAGAUCCGCGAGGCGCUGCUCUGCGCCAAGGAGACCAGCGGGCGCUCCGACUGCAACGGAAUGGGCGAGGAGGCCGGGCGCGCCGCCCAGGUCCGUUACACGGACUUCAAGGCAGCGCAGGUGGAGGAGCUGGGUCAGUUGGAGGAGGGGCUCCGGCAGCAGAAGGAGUGCCUGGAGAAGGAGGUGGCGUCAGAGCGCGCUGCCCUGGCCCUCCUGGUUCACACCCACAAGGAGCAUCAGCGACAGCUGCGAGAGACCCAGGAGAAGGGGGCGCAGGACGCCUCGGAACUCUCCCAGGAGGAGCAGCGGAUGCACCAGGCCGAGCAGCGCCUCCUCUUCAAGGAGCGCCGGCUAGCCAGCCUAACAGACAGCCUCCUGCCGGCGGUGGCCGAGGAAAGGCAGAGGGCGGAGGAGCUGCUGAAACUCGGAUGCUUCUCUGGCGCUGGCAGCAUUUCCAACAUCUCCCUGGGACUAGACAACACCCUGUACCAGGUGGAGAAGGAACUUGAGGAGAAGGAGGAGCGCCUUACCUCACACUGUGCCAGCGCCGAGCAGCUUCAGCAGCUGCAGGAGACAUACGAGUUCACGGCCAACGUGGCACGCCAGGAGGAGAAAGUGCGGCGCAAGGAGAAGGAGAUCCUGGAGUCGCGGGAGAAGCAGCAGCAUGAGGCCCUGGAGCAGGCGGUGGCACGCCUGGAGAGAAGGCACUCAGUGCUGAAGCGCAGUGUCUCGCUGGACCCCGAGAGUGAGGAAUCCAGGCGCAAGGCCUCCAUUCUGGGGCCCGCGCGGGAACUCGACCAUGAGAGGUGAGAAUCAAUGAAUAGUAAAACAUGUGUCCUCUAGUGGAAGGUGUGUGGUAGACCCAUUGCUGUCCACAUAAUUAUGGAAAAUGUAGAUAAGCUGAUGUUAAAGUUUCAAGAGAUGAUAGAUGUUGAGAGAUGGUAAAUGAGUGUCGUUGAUGAUGGUAUUAUCACAUUGGUCAAUCCCUCCUGUCUAAAAGGGUGUUCCUCAAUUGGUAAUAUGAUUAUGGACACGAUAAAUAAGUAACUCUGCCUUUUUAUAAUGAUAUUGUCAUAGUUUUUGUGGAAUGAGUGUAUUUAUCAUGACUCUUUGGGUCGAUAGACACAUGACAACUCUCCAUCUUCUCUCCAUAUCCUCAGGGUGGAGCGGGAAAUCCAAAAGCUGAAGCAGAGGAUCAGUAAGACUGAGGGAAGUGGAAGGAAUCACACUGGGAGCGGCGAUGAAAAGACCGGCCUCAGCACACCCCCUGUCAGCCCAAUCCAGAGCCUAUCCCCAGUGCUGCCUAUCGCAGAUGACAGGUACAGUGCCUUCAGAAAGUAUUCACACCCCUUUACUUUUUCCACAUUUUGUUGUUUCAGCCUGAAUUUAAAAUGGAUUAAAUUGAGAUUUUUGUGUCACUGGCCUACACACAAUACCACAUGGAAUUAUGUUUUUCAAAAUGAUGGCAAGCCUAAAUGAGUUCAGGACUAAAUAUUUGCUUAACAAGUCACAUAAUAAGUUGCAUGUACUCACUCUGUGAGCAAUAAUAUUUAUUAACAGGAUUUUUUUUUAUGACUACCUCAUCGCUGUACCCAUACAUACAUUUAUCUGUAUGGUACCCUCAGUCGAGCAGUGAAUUUCAAACACAGAUUCAACCACAAAGACCAGGGAAGUUUUCCAAUGCCUUGCAAAGAAGGGCACCUAUUGGUAGAUAAGAAAUACAUUAAAGAAAAGCAGACAUUGAAUAUCCCUUUGAGCAUGGUGAAGUUAUGAAUUAUACUUUGGAUGGUGUAUCAAUACACCCAGUCACUACAAAGAUACAGGCGUCCUUCCUAACUCAGUUGCCAGAAAGGAAGGAAACCGCUCAGGGAUUUCACCAUGAGGCCAUUGGUGACUUUAAAAUGGUUACAGAGUUUAAUGGCUAUGAUAGGAGAAAACAGAAUGGAUUAACAACAUUGUAGUUACUCCACAACUAACCUAAUUGACAGUGAAAAGAAGGAAGCCUGUACAGAAUAAAAACAUAUUCCAAAACAGGCAGUAAAGUAAUACUGCAAAGAAUGCGGCAAAGCAAUUAACCUUUUGUCCAGAAUACAAAGUGUUAUGUUUGUGGCAAGUCCAAUACAACACAUUACUGAGUAUCACUCUCCAUAUUUUCAAGCAUAGUGGUGGCUGCAUCAUGUUAUGGGUGUGCUUGUAAUAGUUAAGGACUGGGGAGUUUUUCCAGGAUAAAAAAGAAACGGAAUGGAGCUAAGCACAGGCAAAAUCCUAGAGGAAAACCUGGUUCAGUCGGCAUUCCACCAAACACUGGGAGAUGAAUUCACCUUUCAGCAGGACAAUAAUCUAAAACACAAGGCCAGAUCUACACUGGAGUUGCUUACCAAGAAGACAGUGAAUGUUCCUGAGUGGCAGAGUUAGUUUUGACUUAAAUCUGCUUGAAAAUCUAUGGCAAGACCUGAAAAUGGUUGUCUAGCAAUGAUCAACAACCAAUUUGACAGCGCUUGAAGACUUUUGAAAAUAAUAAUGGGCAAAUGUUGCACAAUCCAGGUGUGGAAAGCUCUUAGACUUAUCCAAAAAGACUCACAGCUGUAAUUGUGAUUCUAACAUUUAUUGGCUCAGGGGACUGAAUACUUAUCUAAUCAAGAGAUGUUUUUUUUGUAAUGAUUAUUUACAACUGUUAGAAUUUCUCUUCCACUUUGACAUUUUGUGUAGAUCGUUGACAAAAAAAAGACAAAUCCAUUUUAAUCCCACUUUGUAACACAAUAACAUUUGGAGAAAGUAAAUGGGUGUGAAUACUUUCUGAAGGCACUGUAUGUGUCAUCCUUUUGCAAUAUUCACAAUGAUAGCCAGAAACGGCACAGGCAAAUCUGUUGUAGGUGGAGAAUGAUGAAAUGUAGAUGUCAAAGUUACUACCAGAUGAUCAUGAUAAAGAUGCAUUAUUUUUGGACCCUAGGGUUGAUCUGGCCAUUGUAGAUUUUGAGUAUCUAAUAAAUGACCUUUUCCGUUGACAGGAUAAAUGCAUACAUUGAGGAGGAGGUUAAGAGAAGGUUACAGAAGCUGAACCUCCUCAAUGGUGACAAAAACAUUGAGCUCGCACUUUCAUCUGAAUCUCCGCAGGUAAGCAUCAGUGACACAUUGCUUUGUUUGCAUUCUCCGUACAGAGCAUAUGCAAUAUUAAGAUAUUGAUAUUUCUCAUGUUCAAACUCAUAAAGACAUAGUUACUGUAGCCUCCCAUACAAUCGGAGCAUAAUAAAGGAACCCCAAUUUGGAAAUUGUGCCUUCGAAAAAUAGCAAUUAUUAUAUGAAGUUCUUCAUUCCUACAGGAGGACAAAGAAGUUAAUGAAUCUAGCUCUGUUAGAUUAACAGAUGAGGUAAACACAGGUCCUCGACACAGGGUAUACAGAAUGGACUAUAAUCGGCAUGCAUUUCUGAUUAUUCUCUAUAGAGGUUACAUGGACCAAUCAAGUGGGGUGUUUUUCCAACCCUUCUCUAAUUUGUUUGUAUGUGGAUGAUGUUUUGCCUGGUUUGCUUUUCUUUUCCCCAAUAUGAGAGGAACUCUGCUUGCCUGAUGGCAAAGUUGUCCAUUUGUCACAGCAUAUGUAAUUUUAGUUUGAGAUGAAUUUGACAUUACAUUGUAUCUUUUAGGAAUUGUUUGUCAUUGCUUAGAAGUGUGUUCUUAUUCAUUACAGGAUGAUGACAAGCUGCAAAACCGUGUCAACUCUAGGAAAUUGAAAUAUGAGGUAAGAGUUGAGUUUUCAAUUUUUUGGUUGGAGAUGAAGAAACUAACCAGACAUUUUUAAACAUUAAUUUAACUUGAGUGGCAAUCAUGCUGAAUCUUCACUAACCACCACACCAACUAUGAAAAGAGGCAUGCCGUUUGUAAAAGGUGCUUUAGGGAACAUCCUAUUUUACAGGAAUCUCAAAUUUGUAUCUGAUGAACAUAGAAGAUUCCUAAACCAAGAACAUUUGAGGUCUUUAUAAAGAAAUGGCAAAAACUUAAGAAUAUAGCUGUUUAUGGGGAUAUUGACUAGAAAAAUCCACACAAUCACAAAGAAGCAGGAAAUUGAAUAAAAUACUGAAUUGGCUAAAGGAAACCAGUCACUGACAGAGUAGGCCAACCUAAGUGUAGAACAGGAUAAGGGGAAAUGUCCAGCCAAACAGGGUUGAUAUCUGGUUUUGUAAGCAAAAAGGGAAGGUCAAGGUUGCAUGGAAGCCUGGGGUGUGUACUUUUGUAUUCAUGCUCCAUAACAAGCAUCAAUCUCUUUAAUUCCCUUUUCAAUUGUAAUCUUGCUCAUCUGGAUUUUAUUUCAAUCACAACUGGAUUUUUACACUUGGUGGAGGAAGACCUUAAUUUACUGGGGUGAGAAUGAAUACUUGAAAGACUAUAAUUCAGAGCUUUGAUCUCUGGUUUGAAGUUAUAGUCAUGGAAUCCCCCCUUGUCCACACAGAAAGACUCCAUGCCCUUGCUGUGGCGUAGCUUCCUGUACGUCCCAGGACUUGAGACAAGCACUCACCUGGAAGGGCAUACAACAAGUUCAGAAGAAGGCAGCGUCAAAGACCACUCUGAGUUAGAUCAAAUCGGCAACCCAGAAAGGGAAACCAAAGUCUUGGCAGAAAAGGACAGAAUGCCUUAUAAAGAGGGUGAAAAAGCUAAAUGGUGGCAGGUGGGAGUGAAGGGGAAGGUUGACCAAGCUGAGAGCGAGAACAAUGGCUGUGAAUUUAAAACCAAGGACUGGAGAUUUAGGUCUACAAACACCAUAGCCAGUGAAGAUGGAAAUAACAGCCAUUGUAGGCCAGAUGAGGAAGAAACCAAUUUGAGUUGCUACAUUGUUGAUGACAAGACCAAAAGUCUAUCAUAUUCUCAGUCCAGAGAAACCAGAACAGAGAACCCACUGUUGCACACUCUCUCACAGUUUGACUCUGUGGAAGGAACCAAAGACCAAGUUCAGAACACAAGCAAGACAAGUAACGACACUGCAACCGUGAUAAAUUCUGAAGUCCCCAUACUGGGACUAAGCUCAAAGAGACAAAUCACCAUCAAGGGCUACUUUGGUCUCAACAAGAUCCCUAAAGAGUCUGUAAACGGGCAGGUGCAGAGUAAUCUGGUAACUUCAGAACCGGAUCUACUAACCAACGAACUGGGAGCCAAACAGAGUUACGUCCUUGGAUACUUGGCAGGCAAGCUGUCUGGAGUUUACAACGACGCUGGACGAUAUCUGCAGAGUACACGUGAUAUAAUUCGGCAGGUUCGAGCAGGAGAAACUUCAGCAUUGAAUAGUACAUUCUCUCAGUACAUGACCAUAGUAACAAAAGAUCUUCCACUUGUUCAGAAAAAGCAGCUUGAACCUUCAAUGAAACCCGACUCAAGGCAGAAUAAAGUUCAUUUUGCCAAUUUGACAGGCAAUUGCCUUUUAAAUGUUCCUGAGAAAGGUAAUGUGUCUGCAACUCCGGACAUUUCAUUAUGGCCUAAAGGCUCUGUGACUACAUACAAAGAUGGGAAGCCUGUAGUUUAUUGUCAGACGCUCGUGGAGUUUCCCAAAUGCCUUUCGGAAUUACAGUCUCUUCCUCUUCAGAAGAUGAUGCAUCGUUUGUACUGUGUGACGCCUAAGAUCGCUGCCUCUUCCCACCACCUUUUGGGUAUCUACUGGCUAAGCAUUGCCAAUUGCAAACAGCCUACACCACAACCAAGUUGCUUACUGUUAUCUGAAACCGACAUCUAUGCAGUCUCCGCUGGUACUGGUUUGGGUAACAACCAGCCUUUGGCAGUUUUUCACCACUUCAGUCUCUUGCACAUCAAGGAGAUCCAAGUGAGCUUUGCUGGGCAGCAUGUACGACUCCUGGGUUCCACUGAAGACACCAUCUUGGUCAUCUUCACCCACAGCAAAGCGCUUACCCAGGAGCUAUGCUGUACUCUGCUGAAGAUCCUGGCCCCGUCAGAGGUUCAGGAAGGCCCAGGAGCCUACCCCUUGCUUCGUGGAGACCUCUUGCGCCUCUCUCUGGACUGGAGGUCCCACGUUCCAGACCUCCUGCUGGAUAGUGGCCUCUGUGUCACCUCGCGCUUUAAGAGGGUCAUGGCUGACCUGCUCUACAUCCUGCACGGCAACAUGGAAGGACCUAACAGGCCCUCCUUGGCUAACAUACACCUUCUUCUCUACACUUCCAUCAAGGUGGAAAACUAUUCCACCUCGCGCCAAGUUGUCCUUUGCCAGUUCUUUCUCACCGACAACCACAUAGGCCUGGUGCAAGAGGAUGCCGUGUUCCACCCGGUACCUCGAGGCUCAACUCUGGUUCCCAUCCAACCCCAGUUUCAGGGAGUAGAGCUGCGCAGACGCUCAGACAUCCGAUGUGUGCUUGUGAGACACAGCGACAGAUGUAUGGUGCUUGACAUCUUAUUCUCCAUGACUCACAAAGGGCAGAUUGAGACCAAAAGAAAGACCAGGAAAGGCUUAGCCAUUGUCCCUCUACCUUCUGAUUGCAGGCCCCCAGCUGAUUCCUGGAAAUUAACUUUCAGCUCUACCUCGGAUGCAGCAAUCCUAAUCAAUCAUCUGUCAACCUGAUUUAAGGAUGUGCUUCCAGGUCAUAAAAGGAUGUAAUGCUAAUAGGUAAUAAAAGGAAAGGAGCUUAACUGCCACUGCAGGCCCUGAAGCGUAAAGACUGUGCCGUCCUGCUGAACUCGUCUUGUUUUCUGUCAGCAUUGCACUUGAGCAAGAAAGCCAUGGUGAGUUGGCUAGCCAGCUACAUUCAGUAUUGUCAGCCAACUGCAGUUCUGAGUAUAAUAAUCAGCUAGCUAGACUGAUAACGUUAGGGUUUGCAUACUACAAGAGUUUAGCAACAUUAUAGUGAAGAUUUCACUUGUAAAUCUUAUUUUGUUUGAGCAUGACGGCACCGUCCUACCACUUCCGAUGUGUAUUUAAGACUGUUUAAAUUAUUUGUUUGAUUAGUUGAAAAUCAUAUCCAAAAAAACCAUUAUUCUUGUAACAUGGGAACCAUGCCUUUUGUAAUUGUUAGUGUAUGUCCACAAUGUCAAUGUAAAAUUUUAUUGAAACUUAUCUAAAGGAUCCUCAUGAACAUUGUGUUAUAAGAAAAUACAUUUCCAUAUUAUGAAUACAGAUCAAAUACAAAAUGUUAAAGGUCUAACUCCAAUGGCUGCUAUUGAUUUUAAAGUAUUUUAUAGUAUAUUUUAAUGCUUCUCUUCUUAACAUACUGCCACUGUGGUGGUACACCUUAAUCAAAUCAUAGUCAAUCCUUCAUUGUCACUUUAAGAACAAUUUUACUCACAAACCUAAUUGUUUUGUAUUGGUGUAGUUAAUUGGAUAUUUCAUAGAUUUUCUUUCCCACUACAGGUAAUAUGGUGUCCUUUUCAUGUAGUCAGCUUAGCUCUCCCUCUGUUCUUACAUGAAUGCUCACAUCAAUCACUUAUGGCUGGUGAAAUUGUUUUCUUCAAUAUGUUUGUUCAAUCCGUUUACGCAUAUUCAUCAUAUGGCGAAUUGUAAUGUGCAAUAUGCUUUUGAGGAAUAUGUGUGAAGCGUAAUAUGAAGAAUGUCUGACGUACAAUAUGACUUGUGACUAUGAUCACUGCAAUAAUGUUAAUAAAAUAUGGUUAAUUGUUUUAACAAAAAAUAAAGAUUGUGUUCUGUAUAAGCCUUUGUUUGUGUUGCCU